CUCGUAGCCAGCUUUUUUAUUUUCGUUUUUAUUGCGUCGGCGUUUUUGCGUGUGUAGUUGCGUGUGGCUGUUGUAGGUGGUUUUUGCGCGGUGGCCAGCACCGUCCGUAACAAAAACAGUGCGACGCUCACUGAAAAGGAAUGUCCGCUGCGUGUUAUUUGCACGGCCGGCGUGAUUUCCGCGCCGUAAUGAGCCUGCUGUAACGGUCCCAUUACAAUAGCUAGCUCACUACAUACACCCUCGCGGCGCUAGAUUGAGGGACACCGUUCUGCUAUGGUUGCGCUUAGCACCUGUUUGUCUCACUGGGGUGGUUGUCAGCGUAAGCGGCUCAUUGACUUGUCUUUGGAACAACGCAGCGGCAGUAUGACACGGGCGCUAUGAUACGCCUGCGGUUCGGGACUACCAUCUUACAAGUACGAAGAGCGGCUGUCUGCAUUGGUGCCGCCUGUGUGCUGGUGUGCUUCGGAGCCGUCUACGUUUACUUCAGCAGGCUCCUACCGAGCUCUACUGGCCUGGCAGGAUGGCCUCCAGGCAAGGUGGACAUGGCCGCCCUGGAGCAGAGGCUUCAGCGGCUGGAGAAGGAGCUUCGCAACAACCACAUAAUGCUGACCCAGAUCCGCGACACUGUUCGCAACUUCCUCACUGGUGCCCCCGGUCUAGGCUGGAAAGGCAUCCCAAAGGCACCACCAGCACUGCAGAAUGUAUCGCGGACAGCCAUUGCGCUCUCGCCAGCCGACUGCGCUUUUUGCAGCUCCCCUCCUGCCAUUACCGACUACAAUGUGUAUGACCUAUAUGAGAAGAUAGCGUUUGACAACCCCGACGGUGGGGUGUGGAAGCAAGGUUGGAAACUUGAAUACGAGGAGUCGAUGUGGACGAAAGACCGGAAACUCAGGGUGUUUGUAGUUCCUCAUUCCCACAAUGACCCAGGCUGGCUUAAAACGUUUGAUAAGUAUUACCUUGACCAAACACGACACAUAUUGGAUAACAUGGCCGCUAAGCUCGGUGUGGACAAACGGCGGCGUUUCAUCUGGGCCGAGACUUCCUACCUCUCGCACUGGUUUGACCAGCAAAGCGAGGAGAUCAAGUCCAAAGUGCGGGGUUAUGUGCAGUCUGGCCAACUGGAGAUUGUUACGGGUGGCUGGGUGAUGAACGACGAAGCUAACACGCAUGUGUUUGCAAUGGUGGAACAGAUGGUCGAAGGACACCAGUGGGUGGAGCGAAACCUAGGGAUUCGUCCAAAGAACGGCUGGGCCAUUGACCCCUUCGGCCUGUCCUCCACAAUGCCAUACCUUCUUAAGCGAAUGGGUUUUGCCAACAUGGUGGUGCAGAGGGUCCACUACUCGAUCAAGAAGUACAUGGCUCGGGAAAAGGCUCUCGAGUUCAUUUGGCGUCAGCCUUGGGAUCAAAAUAAGACAACAGACAUCCUGUGCCACAUGAUGCCGUUCUACAGCUACGAUGUCCCACAUACGUGUGGACCGGACCCCAAGAUCUGCUGCCAGUUUGACUUCAAGCGGCUUCCAGGCAACAAGAUAAACUGUCCUUGGAAAGUGCCUCCGGUGUCGAUCACCGACCACAAUGUAGCCGAUCGAGCCAUGCUGCUUCUGGACCAGUACCGCAAGAAAUCUCUACUCUUUCGCUCGCACGUCGUGCUGGUGCCGCUUGGAGACGACUUCAGAUACGACAAACCUUCGGAAUGGGACAACCAGUUCAACAACUACCAGAAGCUCUUCGACUACAUCAAUGCCAACGAACGUCUGCACGCUGAGGUCCAGUUUGGCACCCUUGAAGACUACUUCACCGCACUACGUGCCGAAAGCACUGUGGACAGCAGCAACAUGCCGAUAGGUUUCCCGUCACUAAGCGGGGAUUUCUUCACCUACGCCGAUCGUGACGACAACUACUGGAGCGGGUAUUACACGUCUCGACCCUUUUACAAGAACAUGGACCGCAUCGUAGAGGCACACCUUAGGGGCGCUGAGAUCAUGUUCUCUCUUGUCUGGGCACGGAUGGGUUACAUUUCCAAUGACUACAUGCCGCUAGUUAACAGCAUGAUGAACAGCCUGGUCUAUGCUCGCCAAAACCUAGGCCUGUUUCAGCACCAUGAUGGCAUCACUGGCACCGCCAAGACCCCCGUCGUUGUCGACUAUGCACUCAGGUUAUUCAAAUCCCUGCAGAACCUGAGGGAUAUUAUCACCAAGGGUGCACUGUAUAUGCUUCUCAAUGCACCUUCACAAGGUGGUAUUGAAGACGACCUCUUUGUCCUCCAGAUGGACGACGUUCGGGACACUCACGACGGUAUGCCGCACAAGCAGCUUCUCUCCUUUACUAGGGAAGGGCGAAUUAGGUACGUCGUAUUUUAUAACUCCCUGACUGUGCCAAGAAACGAAAUAGUCAGCCUACAAGUGUCAACUGCAUCCGUCGUGGUGAUUGAUGCCAACGGAAGCGUCGUUCCGAGCCAGCUUUCUCCUGUAUGGAACAAGGAGGAGCUCAUCAGAGGCACAUUUGAGCUGUCCUUUAUGGUCGACGUCCCACCCCUUGGCUUGGCCACGUACCGGGUGGAACACAUCGAGGGAAUCAGCGGCAUGGUCUUCCGCGCUUCUGUCACGCUCUACAAUGCCGUUUCGGGUCCCGACACAUUAUAUUUCCCAAUAGCACGUUCAGAAUCGAGGGAAGAUUUUCGUAUACAAACGCCGUAUCUAGCAGCCACAUUUUCACCCACCACAGGAAUGCUAAAGCAUGUUCUAGUAAAAGACCAGAAUAUAAGCUUAGAUGUUGAGUCCGUGUUUGUAAAGUAUGGCACUCGCCCCAAGAACAAGGAUCGCAGUGGAGCCUACCUCUUUCUCCCUGAUGAUAAGGCCAGGGAACUGGUCUACGAUCCACCUUACAUUCGUGUCACUGAAGGCGUGCUCUUUUCUGAAGUCGUGGUGUUCCUGCCGAAUGUUGACUUCACCGUCAGGGUCAAGAACUCUCCAGGCAUCGAUGGCAUUGGCCUUGACAUCAAGAACGUUGUGGACAUAAGGAAAUCGGUGAACGAGGAAUUGGUAAUGCGUCUUAAGACGGGUGUCCACAACGUGGGACCCGAGUUCUACACUGAUGUCAACGGGCUUCUGAUGGCAAGGCGGCACACCCUGGCGAACUCAAUCAGUGACAGCAGUUCGGCAACACUGAGUCUUGUGGACGUGUUUCUGGAUCGGCGACUAAACCAGGAUGACAAGCGUGGCCUGCAACAGGGCCUCAUGGAUAACCUCCAGACGCCCAGUCAGUUCCGGCUUCUGGUGGAGAGAUUUUCCACCGAAUCUCAGAAGGAGACUGCAUCAGUCAGUCAUCCAUCUCUUCUGGCGCACCACGCAUCCCUCAGCCUGCUGCAUCCGCUGUUCACACUGAUCCACAGUCGGCCUCAACGCAUGUCCGACCCGCCCCUCAAGAGCGUCUUCACACCCUUGGGUGGCCCCUUGCCCUGUGAUUUACACCUCAUGAAUCUGCGCACGCUGGCCUUACCCAGCACAGGCCCAGUGGGUGCCAAACCAGAGUUGUCCUGGACCCCUAGCAACACAACAGCCAUGUUCUUGCACCGCCUACCCCAUGACUGCCGGCUGCGGUCAUAUGCCAUGCGGUGUACCCUGCAGACCGAUUCUAUGACCACGCUCGCGGACAUGUUUCCCGAAUACUUUGGACCAAGCGUGGAGGAAACCACGCUCUCACUCCUACGAACGAUCUCGUCAACGUCCACCAAGACGUCCCGUCUGAACUUGCCUUCACCUGCCGAGAUGGCUGCAUACAAGCUUCAGCGGCGGUGAACACCCGACUACUCCCUAGAUUAACCAUUCCCUUUUUGCAUCAUCUACUUGCCAAAACAAAAAGAUGCGGGGAGAAAUCUGCUCCCUUUGCUUAGGAAUGGCCAAAACUGAUCACCACCGUGUGCAUAUUCUGCAGACAAGUUGACAGAUACGACGCUACUACUUUCAUGUUUUGCUGUCGGGCAAAGCAAGCGUCGACGGAUGUGUGUGCGACAGGGAGUGCUCGGUACGUGCUGGCCAUUCAAUGCUCAAGUCUUCCCCGGUCUACCUUCAUCACGUUGGACUCGUGUUGAGUUUUCUUCAGUGAUACUAUUUUUUUCUUUUUUGUUUAGUCAUCACUAUUUUCCGAACAGUCGUAUUUAUUUUCUGCCCAUUUACUUCAUAUUCGUGUUGCAUUUGAUUCUAUACUUCCCUUCCAAGAUAAGGUGCCUCAAUGUACCAAAAAAUAUUAUUAUAACCAGAUAGAUCUUAUAAACUAUUUAUAUGUUACGCAGAGCCGUAGAAUUAUUGAAUUCGCGUUUCGUUUGACUGUGAAGUUGCCACACACAUUCACAUGUGGCGGCCAUCUAGUUGACUGUAACUUGUGAAAGGAAGCUUAAAGCAAGCUGCUUAUUUAACCUGCCAGAAACUACUUUAUUAUGGAGAAAUUCUUUUAUGGGCUGGGAGGCCAGAAAUGAGUUUCUUUUAGUGUUGAUCUAUUAUACUUAUGUUUAAAUAUAAAUUAUUUUAUUUCGUACAUAUGAUGACCCUAAUGGAACCAGUACUAGUGACGCAAGACUGUUUGGCACUUGGCACUAGCAAACAGUGUGUGCAGGUGCCCACUCUUGAAAAGGCAGCUGGAAUUAUCGGCGGUCUGCCUUUUGCCGGUCUUCCCUCUUAAAAGAGUGCUAAGUGUUGCCAGGAAAGGCGAGAAAUAUGUGAUUUGCACCAGACGCACUGUUAGCCCUCUGAACACUCAAUGUCACUCGAGUACUUUUACCGAAGCGAGACAUGUGACAGUGCGUUGACACCUUCCGGCAUAGCCCAAGGGAGUUGAUAGGCUUGUACGUAUGUAGCAGUGUGGAGCCCGAAGGCAUCAGCAGCGGCAGCUGUUCGAAAGAGCUACUACUUCCAAUGUGGCAUGUGAACUUAGGCAGAAUUGUGACUUAUACGAUAACAGAGCAAUUGUUAAUAGUGUAUACAGUGGAUUUAGCUAGGAUGUUCUUAAUUUUUUUUCUGUGAUUAGAAGAAGCAAGGGAGAAACUGUGUCCUUUGUGUCAAUCUUGCCAGUGAGUCAUUAGAGGCAAAGUAAGUAUACAGUGUUCGUGUGGCCCACGAUGAAACCAUUCCAUAGCGCUGCGUUUUAGGAAAAAGCAACGUACUGAGCAUGAUGGGCUGUUUCUUUUUUUGCUUUGUAAAUAACAUUAACUGAAUAGUUAAAUCAUGUCGAGAGAGGAUGCAAGUGCAGAGAGCAUUAGCCAUGCAAAAAUAAAAGGUGUUCAAAUUC